AUGUCGGACAAAGCAAUAUAUUACUCUCUAGAUGGAUGGUCAAAGCUCUCACCGGCUGAACGGGACAAGCGGACUUUCGACGAUUCUCAAAAAUUGAUAGAUGAAGUGAAAGUGUUUCUCAAAGAUACGAAGGACUAUGCCAACCCCAGCCACACCGAAGAUGACUACAAUGUCAUGAAGGACAAGAUGCGAGAAUGUCAGCGCGAGCUACAGUAUGCACAACGGUUUCUGACCGACUUCGUGGACGACAGAAAUGGGGAGACCAUGGAACAGGAGUUGUGCUUGCGCGACCAAUUGGGAGAAAUGCGGCAGUUUUAUGUCAAACAGAUGCCGAGGGUUGAGAGAGUAUUGUACGAGCGAGGAGCAAAGGUCAAGAUCGACCUGUGUCAAGGCGAACGCCUGGUCGCGAGUGAAAUCCAAGAGAAAGAAAUGACCGCUGAAGACGCAAUGAAGAUCCUGGACGACAAGGUAGCGACGUUGGAAGACAAGAUGAGCCACCCGAAGGCAGCAGCAGGAGCACCGUUCGACGUGGAUAAAGGUCUUAGGCUGCGUAUUACCUUGUCCGAGCUCAGCAAGCAGCUCGAUACAUUCAGCCCACGUCUUGAUCAAGCCAGCAACUUCCUGGGGAGAAAUCGGCAGGAUGAUGUAAAACAUGCUCGGUACCGGCAGGAGGACGCUCCAGCAUAUAUCUGGAAUAGGUUCCGCGAGUAG